UUUAAAAUGCUAGUCGUAAAAGUCCUAUGGGCUUUUCUUUGGAUCCUUCCCGAGGCUCUGGGAAAGGACUUCUGUGCGGGGCAAUCGUUUGGAUCCAGAGCAGCCGACUCCAAUGAUCCCCAAUCGUAUUACCUGUGCCUCGGUUUCCUUGGAUCUGUAAAAAAUACCUGCGAGAAUGGAUACUUGUUUGAUGCUCAAUCGCAGGGGUGUUUGAAUAAGAACAAUGCAGCCCUAGCAAUCAAAAAAUCAGAUGAUGCUAAGAAGGAAGUUAGCGUCACGCAAAAUAUCAACGUGGACAGACCGCUUAUAUUCAACAUUUUCGGAAACUUAAAUUUCUUCGCCAAUCUCUGGGGCAACUCUCAUGACACGACACCUUCGCCCCUGAAACCCAAACCAAUUGUCCACUACCAACUAUUUGACAGUGCCGUCGGAACUCAACAUUUGUCGAGCUCAGGUCAGAUAGUUUCCAUUCCGAAACCGCUUACAUCUUCCAGCCUGCAGAAUAAUUCUCAGGAGGAUAUCCUAUCCAGUUCCGAAGUUCCAAUUUCUCCGUCUGAAGGAGCAACAGAAAGUUCGACGCAGGAAUCGUCCACAGGAGUGCCGGAAGAUGAUUCUUCCACGGAAUCUAUACAAGAAAGUUCCACACUAGAAAGUCGUUCAAGCACCGAAAGUUCUCUGUCUACAGAAGCCUCCUUGGAAGAUAUAAUUUCGGGCUCUGAAAGUAUCGCGUCUACUGAACCAUCUACAGAUGCGGCAGAUGAAUCUACUUCAUCAGAAUCUCUACCUGAUAGUACGACCCAGGGAAGUAGCUUAAGGUCGGAAAGCCCUUUGUAUACCGACUCAUCUACAGAAGCGACUAAUGAGUCUUCUUCAUCGGAAUCGCUAUCAGAAAGUAGCUCAAGCACAGAAAGUCUUGUUGCCUUAGACUCAUCUACAGAAGCGACAGAUGAGUCUUUAUCCACAGAGUCUUUACCAGAUAGUACGACCGAAGAUAGUAGCUCAAGCUCUGAAAGUCCUUUGACCACCGAAUCAUCUACAGAAGCGACUAAUGAGUCUUCUUCAUCGGAAUCGCUACCAGAAAGUAGCUCAAGCACAGAAAGUCUUGUUGCCUUAGACUCAUCUACAGAAGCGACAGAUGAGUCAUCCUCCACAGAGUCUUUACCAGAUAGUACGACCGAAGAUAGUAGCUCAAGCUCUGAAAGUCCUUUGACCACCGAAUCAUCUACAGAAGCGACUAAUGAGUCUUCUUCAUCGGAAUCGCUACCAGAAAGUAGCUCAAGCACAGAAAGUCUUGUUGCCUUAGACUCAUCUACAGAAGCGACAGAUGAGUCAUCCUCCACAGAGUCUUUACCAGAUAGUACGACCGAAGAUAGUAGCUCAAGCUCUGAAAGUCCUUUGACCACCGAAUCAUCGACAGCAGAGACAGAUGAAUCUUCCUCAACGCAAUCACUACCAGAAAGUACCGAGGAAAGUAGCUCAAGCACUGAAAGUUCCUGGUCUACCGAAUCUUCGACAGCAGUGACGGAUCAGCCUUCGUCAACGGAAUCUUCAUCAGAUAGUACGACCCAAGAAAGUACCUCUGAAAGUCCGUCACCUACCGAAUCAUCGACGGGAGGGACAGAUGAACCUUCGUCAACAGAAUCUCCACUUGAUAGUACGACCCGGGAAGGUAGCUUAAGCACGGAAAGUUCACUGUCCACCGAAUCAUCGACAGAAGCGACCGAUGAGUCUUCUUCAACGGAAUCUUCAAAUGAUAGUACGACCCAAGAAAGUAGCUCUACCACCGGGGGUCCUUUGUCUACGGAAUCAUCGACAGGAGUCACAGAGGAGCCUUUGCCAACAGAGAUUUUACCAGAUAGUACGACCGAAGAAAGUACCACUGAAAGUCCGUCACCUACCGAAUCAUCUACAGCAGUGACAGAUGAACCUUCGUCAACAGAAUCUCCACCUGAUAGUACGACCCAGGAAAGUUCUCUGUCUACCGAAUCAUCGACAGAAGCGACCGAUGAGUCUUCUUCAACGGAAUCUUCAAAUGAUAGUACGACCCAAGAAAGUAGCUCUACCACCGAAGGUCCUUUGCCUACGGAAUCAUCGACAGCAGUGACAGAUCAGCCUUCGUCAACAGAAUCUUUACCAGAUAGUACGGCCCAAGAAAGUACCACUGAAAGUCCUUUGCCCAGCGAAUCUUCUACAGCAGCGACAGAUGAAUCUUCCUCAACGCAAUCGCUACCAGAAAGUACCCAAGAAAGUAGCUCUACCACUGAAGGUCCUUUGUCUACGGAAUCAUCAACAGGAGUGACAGAGAAGCCAAAUAGUUCAACACAAGAAAGUCCGUCAUCUACAAGUCCAUCAUUUGAAAGCUCAACUGUUGAAAGUACAACAAGCUCUGAAAAUCCCACGACAGAAUCGUCAACAGGCACCACUGAGAACGAUAGUAAUAACUCGGAAAAUUCGUCAUCGACACAAUCAUCUCCACAAAGUUCGACAGAGGAAUCUAUUACCAGUUCCGAGAAUCCCUCAACCUCUGAACCUAUAACGGAAAGUACAUCUGAAAAUCCUUCGACAGCACCAACUCCUCAGAGUACAACAGAAGAUGUCUUGACUUCAGAACCUGCUUACGACACUACAACUGAGGGGAACAAAGUGUCAUCCACAAGUGGAGCCCCAUGUACCACCAACAAUCCAGAACCUUCGCCGAGUACCCCAGGAAAUGGUGGCGGGUCUGAGAACGGAAACUCUUCCACAUCCAAAUCUCCAUGUACCACCGAUAAUCCCUCGAGCUCUGAGCCACCGCCAAGUACCCCAGGAAAUGGUGGGGAAAACAGAAUCUCUACCACAACUAGAUCUCCAUGUACCACCGAAAAUCCCUCAAGCCCGGAACCUUUGCCAAGUACCCCAGGAAACGGUAACGAUUCCGGAAACAGUGGGUCUGAGAACGGGAACUCUUCCACAACUAGAUCUCCAUGUACCACCGAUAAUCCCUCGGACUCUGAGCCAACGCCAAGUACGUCAGGAAAUGGUGUCGAAAACGGAAUCUCUACCACAACUAGAUCUCCAUGUACCACCGAAAAUCCCUCAAUCCCUGCACCUUCGGCAAGUACGCCAGGAAAUGGAAACGACUCCGGAAGCAGUGGGUCUGAAAACGGAAUCUCUUCCACAAGUGGAGCUCCAUUUACUUCCACUAAUCCCCCAAGCCCGGGACCUUCGACAAGUGCCCCGGAAAAUCCUGGUGACUCCGGAAACAGUUCAUCGGAGUCUCCACCUAAAGGCGCGACUCCAUGUCCGUCCGAUCCUCCAAGUUCGUAUACCGCCCAUCCGACUCCAAAUCCUUCGACCGAGGGUAUUGUAGCUGAAACCUCAACUCUAAGACCCUCAACUGGAACGACCCCUGGUCACCAAGAAGAAAGUGCUGAUUGCAACAACAUGCCGAAUGGGGUUUUUCUUCGGGACUUCCAGUCAUGCAAUAGAUAUUAUGUAUGUCUGAAUGGCAAAGCAGUUCCUAGCCACUGUCCCAGAAAUCUCUACUUCGACAUUAAGAGGAAGGUCUGUAAUUUUCCCAGUUUAGUGGACUGCUCCCUCGAUGAGGCCGUAGAAAAUGUUACGAAGAAACCCUCGGACACCGGAUCGACUCCUGACUGUAAGUCCUUGCGAAAUGGCGCCUAUGUGAGGGAUCCAAAGUCAUGCAGCAGGUUUUAUGUUUGUGCCAAUGGACGGGCUAUACCACGACAGUGUCCCCGGGGUCUACACUUUGACACCAAAUCAAACUUUUGUAACUACCCAAUCCUGGUUCAGUGCGUCUUAGAGGAAUCUCAGGCUGAUACCCAUGGAGCAUUACUAGCGGAGGGAGUGCCGGAUUGCACCAAAGUGAAAGAGGAUACACGAUUUGGAGACGUGAAGCAGCAUAACAAGUAUUAUGUUUGCUUGAAGGGUAAAGCGGUUUUGCAUUACUGCAGUCCGGGAAAUUGGUUUGACCUUCGAAGUCAGAAGUGCAUUGACCAGCGGCUGGCUAAGGUGACCUAAGCUCUGGAACUCAUUACAUACAUAUAAGUGGCAUAAUCUUUAAUCUAGGUUUAGAAAUUUGGUGAAAGGGUUUUAAAUAUACAUAAGUAUACAAUGGGUUGAUGGGUAAAAUUAAUGAUAUUAUUCUGUUUAAGAGUGGUUACUGACACAAAAGUUACAAGCAGACUCUAAUACGACCUAGCCAGUUGAAGUGUUCAAUAUGUUACUCUAUCUGCCUGGGAUUUACGAAACGAAUAAAGUACAUGUAAACUAA